AUGGGAAAAAAUCGAAAAAAGAAUGGAGUUAUUAGAAAAUUCUUUUAACGCUAAUGGAACUAUAGCACAGUUGUUAUCACUUUCAAUUUAGUCUUAUCGUUAUAUUUAAUGAUCAUUAUUGAAAAAUAAUAUUAUUUAACUUUUGAUUAAGAUGAAAAAAUAAGAUAGGAAAUUCAUGAAUCAGUUAAACAGAAUUGCAAACACUAAUUAGAAUCAAUGCUUAAAUAAUAGGAAACAAAUUAAUUCAAUUACCCUUAAGGGUACUCAACCCUAUAAAAAAAUGAUAUAUUGACUAGUAGUUUAUAUGUUUAAAAAAAUAAAUAUGAUGAAUAAACAAGUUAAACCAAUGAAACAUCAUUAAAUGAUAAAAUAAUAAAAAAUGACUCAUAAAAACACAAAGAUAAUAAUAAAUUGAAGAAAGAGGAAGAAAAUGAAAAAAUAAAAAUGAAUAAAAUUAAUCUCUCAUCUAUUUACAGCAAAAUCUCACCAGAAAACCUAGCUGGGAAAAUACAUAAAAAUCUUUCAACUGCAAACUUUAUUUCCUUCUAACUUAUUUAUAAUGAUAGGGUAGAAAAAUCUUUAAAUCAAAAAAUAUUUGAAAAAAUAUUUGAGAAAAUAUAUACUUUCGGAGAGGAUCCUUUAGUUUGUUUAGCUGCUGAAAAAUAAAAUACAAUAGUUUUAGUUGGGUGUGAUAUCUCUACUCAGGUUUUUUAAGAUACAAAAAAUGUAUAUCUGGCUUAGUGUUAAAACAAUAAAGAAAUAUGUUGGUAUUAUUAUUAAGGUCGAGCGUUUGGUUUUUCUCCAAAUAAAGAAGUUGAUCUGACUUAUUGUGAUAAAUUCAAUCCUUUGGAUGAAAACAGAUUAUGUAUAUCACUUAAUGAGAAAGACAAAGAAAGAAGAAUUGGAAUAUUGAAUCGAUCAGAAUAAAUAAGUGGAUUUAACUUAUAGAUAUAUAUUCUUAAUAUAUGA